AUUCGAUCUGCCAAUUUCUCUCUCUCUCUCUCUCUCUUUUCUUAUUUUUUUUUUGGGAUUCUGAUUCGGAUGUGGCGUUAAUUUCAAUGUAAAAUACUGCAACAAAUCAUACACCCUUUUCAUUGUUUUGUUUUCUCGAAAUUCUGAAUCAACCCAUCUUCGUCACUAUCCUUCAGGGCCUCUCUUCCUCUUUUGUAGCAUAAAGAGGCCCUCAAGGAGUGUGAGAGGGUAGGAAGAAGGGAGGAGAGGUCAAUGGAUUUCGAAAGCAACAAUUGGGUUUGGGAAGGGAUGUAUUACUAUCCACGCCUUUUUGGUGGAAUCAUGCUGACAGCAGCGUUGCUCGGGUUAUCCACGAGCUAUUUUGGCGGGAUUAGUGUUCCUACUUUACUUUAUCCUUUUCCUUAUCUAAGUAUCUUUCAUAAAAAGAAGCAUGAGAAGAAGCGUGUUCGUGUUUAUAUGGAUGGUUGUUUUGACCUGAUGCACUAUGGUCAUGCCAAUGCUUUGAGACAAGCAAAAGCCUUGGGAGAUGAACUGGUGGUUGGGGUUGUCAGUGAUGAGGAAAUCAUAGCCACUAAGGGUCCUCCAGUUUUAUGCAUGGAGGAAAGACUUGCUCUUGUUAGUGGCUUGAAGUGGGUGGAUGAAGUGAUUUCCAGUGCUCCUUAUGCAAUUACUGAAGACUUCAUGAACCGUCUAUUCAAUGAGUAUAAGAUUGACUACAUUAUACACGGUGAUGAUCCCUGUCUACUUCCAGAUGGAACUGAUGCUUAUGCCCUAGCCAAAAAAGCUGGUCGGUACAAGCAAAUUAAACGAACGGAAGGUGUCUCCAGCACAGACAUUGUAGGGAGGAUUCUUUCUGCUUCUAGAAAUGGAAAUACUCCUCAAGAUUGCUCCAAUCUAACUCCUGUUGGCAAAGCUGAUGACAUAAAAAAUAAAUUUGGUGCUGAAAAACAGGCUAAGGCUGGUCAGAUAUCUCAUUUUUUGCCCACUUCAAGACGAAUCGUGCAAUUUUCAAAUGGGAAGGGGCCUGCGCCUAAUUCCCGAGUGGUGUAUAUUGAUGGGGCGUUUGACCUUUUCCAUGCUGGACAUGUUGAGAUUCUCAGAAGUGCAAGGCAGCUUGGAGAUUUUCUUUUAGUUGGUAUUUAUCCCGACCAGACUGUCAGUGAACUUCGUGGACAUCAGUAUCCAUUGAUGAACCUGUAUGAGCGCAGUCUUGGUGUACUUGCAUGCCGUUAUGUUGAUGAGGUCAUCAUUGGUGCCCCUUGGGAAGUAACUCAGGAUAUGAUAACAACUUUCAACAUUUCUGUGGUUGUACACGGAACAGUUUCUGAGAGCAACUCUUCCAUGGAACGAAGACCGGAUGCGUAUGCAGUUCCUAAAAGCAUGGGAAUCUUCGAAGUAGUUGAGAGCCCAAAAGAUAUUACAACUUCCUCAGUUGCUCAAAGAAUCAUUGCUAACCAUGAGAUUUAUGUGAAAAGAAAUACCAAGAAAGCAGCAAGCGAGAAAAAAUACUAUGCAGAAAGGAAGUAUGUAUCUGGUGAUUAAGUUUUACUUUCAUUGUUCUGGCCCUCGUGUAGCUGACUUGUACUAGGCGAAGCAGUUCCCUAUCUGAGGUUGUUCUUCCUGUACUUUUGUAUUUGAAAGAUGUAUGAACAGAGAAGGGGACAAGAUAUAAGAAGAAAAUACCCUACCCUAGACAACAGAGGUAGAAUUUUUUGGUUCUAUUUUUAUUUAUUUUUGGCUGCAACCUUCCUCCUCGGCGAGUUGCCAAAGAUAGUUAAACUAUUUUCCUAAUCCUGGGAAUUACAAAUUGAUUGUUGUAUUUACAGUUAAGAAACUAUUGUUUCUAAUAGUUAAUUUGAGUUCCAUUUUUAAAAUUUCAAGCAGUUUGACUGCCUCUGUACAUAAAUUAGGUGUUGGUUCUGUUAUUCUUUUUGUCAUAAAAUUUUGAUGAUUAUAACUUUAUAAAGGAUUCCUUUUGGGAUGUGAUUGGAUCUAAAUGAUUUUUUCCUAUGU